AUGCCGCCCUGCACCCUUAUUAACCCCUCCGUUUCCCCCUCCCCGGACCCCGUCCCUCUCCACCUUCUCCCUUCCGCUUCCGCCCCCCCUGCAUACCUCCGCCUCACCCCUCGCGCCCUUUCUCGACGUCACCUUCUCAGAUGCUCUCUGUGGCACCUUCCGCGCCCCCUGUAUACCUCCGCCUCCCCCCUCGCGCCCUUUCUCGACGUCACCUUCUCAGACGCUCUCUGUGGCACCUGGGCGAUUGACUACGCCGCCCCGGGUCUGCUGACGUACCUGCUCGCACAGGUGAGGGGGAGUGGUGUGUCGCCCGCCCAGGCAAUGAACAUCUGUCUGCCGUGGAACAGAGGCCUCCUCACGUACCUGCUCGCCCAGGUGAGGGGAGGCGGUGGGUCGCACAGGUGUGGGGGAUUGGUGGGUCGCCCAGGUGAGGGGGAGUGGUGCGUCGCCCAGGCAGUGGGGAAGAAUUGGACUGCCAGCCUGCACGCUUUGGGCAUACGUCCUCCCUACGCCUUUGGCUGCAUACUGCGCUUCCUUCUCAAGCCCUCCCCACCCCUUCCUUCCCCACCCCUUCCUUCCCCACCCCUUCCUUCCCCACCCCUUCCUUCCCCACCCCUUCCUUCCCCACCCCUUCCUUCCCCACCAUCCCUCCCACCAGGUCACAGCCAGUCGCCGCAACCAGAAGUCAUAUCAAAACUGCAAGCCAUGUAUCAUCAACUCCUCGCGCCUCUCAACUCCUCCUCCUCCUCCUCUCCCUCCGCCCCCCUCCAACAUCUCACCACCGGCCAUCCACGCACCUCCCAUCUAUCCUCCCACGCCGCACAUGGCUUCUCACAUGGGAUGGCGGGCCAUAGGGUGAAGGUGGUGGGGAUACACAUGAGAGCACCGGACAAGUUUGUGUGGCAGGGGCAGCAGGGGUUUGGAGAUCCCAAGGCUAUGAGGUUUGGGGAUCCCAAGGCUAUGAGUGAGACGGAUAAGGUAAAGCUCGUGGCGUGGGCUGAAAACUACAUUGCAUGUGCCCAGGGGUUUGGAGAUCCCAAGGUCAUGAGUGGGACGGAUAAGGAAAAGCUCAUGACGUGGGCUGAAGACUACGUUGCAUGUGCCCAGGUCACGAAUGGGACAGAGAGAGGCACACUUAUGGCGUGGGCUGAGGAUCACAUGGCAUGUGCCAAGGUGCAAGCUGGAGGCGUGGUGGAUGCCGGCUCCCACUAUGGUUCGGUGGCUUGUCAUCAGCAACUCGCACGUGCUUAA